AUGCAAAAGAAUACAAGACAAGAAACAUAUAAAAUCGUUAAGACUCGCCCCCCUAAAAGGCAAGGCGAACUUAACUUUAGCAUCAAUUCAGGUGUUUUUACCUGCUCUGAAUGCGAAAAAGAGUUCGAAAAGCCUUGGUUACUGAAAAGGCAUUCGAAGGUUCACCAUAUAAGUAAUCAAAUGGCAACCAAUACUGUACUCAACAAACCCGAGCAGGUCGAAUUGAUAGUCGAGAACACUAUUCUGGAUGCUAAUGCAUUUGAUUACUUGAGUGACGAAGAUGACUCCUCCAGUAUUGGGGAUGAAGAAGACAAUAUUGUAGACGAGGAAAACGAUAUUGUCGAUAAUUUCUUUGAUAUUGAAAUGAACAGUAAUCCAGUUUUCAACGCGUUCUCUGACAUGUUUUCUUCUGCUGCUGCUGCUGAUGAGGUAUCAAUGACCGAUGAUGACUCUGAGAUCCCGGAAGAAGUCUUUGAGACAAUUGGCGCUGUAAAUGACCCUACAAGCUGUUAUCCUUUUCGCGAUCUUCAAACCAUGAUCCUUUUCGCUUUUAUCGAUGGGGAUAAUGACAUGAUCUCCCAGCGAAUGUUGAAGAAGAUACUGCUUGCGAUGAACUUGAUCAUUAAGAUCCAGCAAGAAACUCCCAUAGGAAGAACAUUUAAGUUACCUCGUUUGGAUGCUCUUUUAAAUUAUCAGGCAAGAAAGAAGUCCAAGAUGCCUGUCUUUCCUUCACAAAGAAUAUCAGUACCUGGAUCAAACGGGAACGCAUUCGCCCACAUUAACCUUCCGUCCGACCACUUGAGAUUUCUUAUGGCAAACCCAAAGAAAUCCAAGUUGAUCUCGUCCAUGCCCGAUCGUACCCCAAACCAAUCGAUCUGUUUGGAACAAGGUGAAAAGUGGAGAACCCACCAUCUCUUUCAGCAGCCUAUGCACACUGUAAAUGGUAUAGAUGUCUGGUUUGGAAACAUCGUUUACUUGAAGACAAACGAUUGCAGCAUCCGCUUUUUGGUUGAAUCGUUCCACACGGCAAAUAAAAACAUUUUUGCGAGAGGGUAUCUGGUCAGAGCGAUUUCGAUUGUAUGCUAUGGCGUUGAGGUUGCUGUUACCGAUCUUAGAGUAGAGCAGAUCUCUCACGUUGACACCACUCCUGUUGAAAGAGAUCACUACUACAGUAUCUCAAGUAGCCUUACCAGAUUGAGUCCUGCUCAUGACUUUCUUCUUUUUGGAGUUCAUCCAAUGAAGAAGCCUAUGCCUCUUUCUGUUUUGCCCGGUAAUGUAGAUCGCGAUGCAGUGUUUUACAAAGUUAGGAUUGUUUCAAUCAUCCUUUUUACAGACGACACUUCCGGCAAUCCAAACAUCCAGUUUCUUUCUACAAUCCCUAAGAAAGAUGGUGCAAAUGGUAUGUCUCUUCUGCCAGCAAUCGUUGAUGACUUUAAGAAACUCGAGAAAGGUGUAAAAAUGUUCUCCGCUGAAGACAAUGAGUAUGUUCUGGUUGUUGCUCCCAUCCUUUGGAUUGAGGCUGACACGCCAUGUCAUUCGGAACUUUGCGGAUUGCUUGGGCCGGCCACCACAUUUCCUUGCAGAAGAUGCUACAUCGAACUUAGACGUGCAAAAGACUUUGUGAAGGACUUGUCCUACUUCUGUGAGUGCCAUGAGAGACGAACUCGAGAGCACUAUGUUCUUGCAAACUCGUCACCUGGCAGAGACACUGAGAUCUCAAAUGCUCCGAAAAUUGGAAUGAACACACCUGCAAACGAGAUAAGCUUUAGAGAUCGUUUGACUGGCCGCUUAUUAGAAUUGCAGUCGUUUGAUCCAGAAAAGGAUACACCAGUGGAAAUCCUCCACACGAUACUUCUUGGUGUUGCAAAGUAUAUGGUAAUUGACUUGGUUAAGGUCGUGCUUAAGAAUGACACAGCCACAAUAGCAAGACUUUCAGAAUUCUUGACAGAUUACACGCGAUCAACUGGUCUAUCAAGAAAGUUCACCCGAAACUUGAGACAUAGUGGUUCAUUCCUCGGUAGAGAUUUCAAGGUUCUGCUUCAAAUACUUCCUGUAAUUCUGAUUACAGAAUUCUCUGGAAAUCAUGAGCUAGACCUUGUAAUACCAUGCUUUGUUGAACUUGGCCGAUUGUGUUCUCUGGUAUUCGUUCGUCAGGUGACAUCAGACUUUGAUAACUAUAUUAUCAGAGUAGAUAAUGCAGUGAAGCGCUUGAUCAGAACAUUAUUUGACUACGAUAAAGGAACCAAGAACGAGCUCUACAAGGCAUAUUGCACCAAGCCGAAAGUUCAUUACUUGACACAUCUCAAGGAAGAUAUAAUUCGUUUUGGCCCAGCCCUCAAUUAUGAAACAGAAAAGGGCGAACAGUUCAAUAAGCACAUUCGCGAACAUCUGUUUCAUACAAAUCGCCAAAACACUUCCAGGGAUGUUUGCCUAAAGUUUGCAAAGCAGGUAGCAUUGCAACAUGUAAUUGACAGCGGGUUGUGGAUUAAUAGCUCUGGCAACCGAGAGAAGUCUGGAACUGGAAUAGAGAGGUUCAUUAAGGACAACAAUGAAUCUUUGUUCUAUUACACCUUCUUUGGCGACUCGAGAGAGCUAAAGGACAACAACGACACUGGAGAUAUUGAAGAUGACGCCGUCCAAAACAACAGUUUUGGCGCGUUUGUUUUUAAAGAUGAUCCAAUCUCUCGCCCUCGGAUAGGACUUGUCUCAGGCUCUGUUGUUAAGUUUCUUAGCAUUGUUCCUCGUACGGAUAAUGACAGAAACAAUAACUAUGCCAAGGCUGUAAUGACAGGUGAGCAUUCUGAUGUUGCUAACAUGAAUCUCGUUUCUGAAAUAUUGUCAUGCAGCUAUAUUUGUGUAAUGAGUGUUUUGGCACAAUGCUAUAUUUUUGCACUUUCACUCCCACAGUCAGGGUUCAAACCUGGGUUGUAG